UAACUCCAUCUCAAAAUCAAGUAACUCCAUCUCAAAAUCAAGUAACUCCAUCUCAAAAUCAAGUUACUCCAUCUCAAAAUCAAGUAACUCCAAUUGUAUCGUAUAAAAGAGGUCCAUAUAAACCAAGAAAAAUCGAUAUACAAAAUGCAACCAUUAGGCGAUCCGCACAAUUUGAGGAUGGUCAAAAUUUAAUGGUGAUUGAAGAAAGAGCAGUCAACGAAUGUCCAAUGGAAGUAGUUCAACUAGUUGACCAAGAAACUGAUGAUCAAGAAAUACCUUUAUUCUUGGCGGAAGAAGUUGAAUCAAUUAAUGAAAAUAAUAAUUUAGAGACACCUAAUCAACAAUCGGCACCAGAACCUAAGG